AUUGUUUCAUCGUGCGUGUGUUGAGUCGUUCAUUCACUCUGUUCAGGGAAUCGGUCUCGUUCUGUGUGAAUUUUUCGGAAAGGAGGAUAAUAGAAAGUUGGUCAUUGCGAAAGAGAAAGGAAAGUUUAAUGGCUCACAAACGAAAGAAUUAGAACAAAAAGUUGGUUGUUUUGAAAAAAAAAAAAAAAAAAGUUGAUAGGUCAAGAAAUGAGCGAGAACAGAAAGUUGGUGUUUUGAAAAAAAAAAAAAAAAAAAAGUUGAUGGCUCAAGGCACGAAAGAGAAUACUAGUGUUGGUUAUUUUGAAAUGAAAAGAGAAAUUGGGUUAUAUUGAAAGAAGAGAAAAUUUGAUGGCUCGAGGAACGUAAGAAAGAGAAUUUUUAAACAAAAAGUUUGUUCCACUGAAACAGAAUAUAAAAGUUGAUGGCUCAGAGAACUAAAGAAAGAGGAAUAGUAAGUUUAUCAUUGAAAAUGACAGAAAUUGAAGAUGAUGGCUCAAGGAACGAAAGAGAGAGAGAGAGAGAGAGAGAGAGAGAGAGAGAGAGAGAGAGAGAGAGAGAGAGAGAGAGAGUAUUGAAAGUUAGCUACACUGAAACAGAAGAGGAAAUUGAAGACUUAAGAAUUGACAAGAAGCAAAUGGUGGAGAAUUGCAGAAUGGAAACAGAAACGUGAAAUUCAUCUCAGAAAAGGUGGAGAAUUAUAGAAUGAAAACAGAAAACGUGAAAUUCACCUCAGAAAAGGUGGUGGAGAAUUUUAGAAUGAAAACGGAAACGGGAAUUUCACCUCAGAGGAGGUGGAGAAUUUUAGAAUGAAAACGGAAACGUGAAAUUCACAUCAGAAAAGAUGGAAAAUUUUAUAAUGAAAACAGAAACGCGAAAUUCGCAACAGAAACGUGAAAUUCACCUCAGAAAAGGUGGAGAAUUAUAUAAUAAAAACAGACACGUGAAAUUUACCUCAGAAAAGGUGGAGAAUUUUAGAAUAAAAACAGAAACGUGAAAUUCACCUCAGAAAAGAUGGAGAAUUAUAGAAUGAAAACAGAAAACGUGAAAUUCACCUCAGAAAAGGUGGAGAAUUAUAGAAUGAAAACAGAAAACGUGAAAUUCACCUCAGAAAAUGCAAAUGCAUGAUCAAGCCAAGUGUGUUAUUGCGUGGUUGGUUAUUGAAAGCACCAUGCAUGUUCUACCUUGAUUACUUAUCCAGACUCCACUGCGAGAGCGAAUCCUUCAAGAUGGACCUGAUUCUGGAUAUCAACUCCAUGAUUUACCCGAUGGAUUUCGGCGACAAAUUCCGCCUGGUCUUGGCCACGACCCUCCGUGAAGACGGGUACCCGACUGACGGUCCCGACUACAACCCGCUCGAGACCGGGCCGUCACGGGCUGACCCUUUCGACUACGUCAUGUACGGCAAGAUCUAUCGGAUCGAGGGAGACGACGCGCUCAUGGAAUCUUCCGGGAGGCUAUCAGCAUAUGUGUCUUACGGAGGCCUACUGAUGAGGUUGCAAGGGGACGCCAACAAUCUUCAUGGUUUUGAAGUUGACAAGCCCAUCUACCUUCUCAUGAAGAAACUGGCCUACUAGAUCAACUACUUCCUCAGGGAUUAUAUUAGCAUAUAAAUCAUUUUUCUUUACCUACAUUCGUCAAGUGUAGUACCUUUGCUCAUUUUCAUAAGCCAAAGUUAACGAAAUAUUAGUUGGUGUGCCUGGUUAACAAUCUGUAGGAAUUGCAAAGCCUUGAAACUUUGGAUAUCUGUAAUCAGUAUUAAUUAACCUGUAAGAAAAAAAAAAAGUCAUCCAUUUUUUCAGUACUAAUUUUUAAGGUUUCAAUGUUCUACUGCAUAUUGAGUUAUGGAGUUCUCAAUACCGGAUAAGUUGUGAAAUUUUCCUUUUCAAAUUAUGACCCAUGUCAGUAAAGCAGUUACUUUAAAACCCACUGCCCCCCCCAAGAUAUUUUUACAGCACAACUGGAGUGUCUUCAAUAAUCUGUAACAGUUAAGGGUACGAUUUAUUAAAAUCCAAAGAACGUAGAUACUAAUUAACUGUCUUUCUAAGCUUCUUUCAUCAGUAAAUACGCAAAGCCCUGAAAAUAAAAAACUGGUGCUUGAAUUGUUCCAACAUAACAAACCAACAUUUUAUAUGAAGCAUAGUAGCAGCAAAGUAACGUAUAUUAAUUUUUUUUUUUUACUAUAUCCUUACACUUCUUAAAUUUACAGAUGUCCAGGCGAGUGGAUUGAACACCACUGAUAUUCUCACAGAUACAUCACACUAUUAAGUUUUUGUUAAAGUCAAGGAUAACCUUAACCUCUACCUGUUUUGAAAAGAUAAAUAAGAAAUUAUUAAAUGUUUCAACAAUUUAUGAGAAAGUUUUCAAGGCAUUUCAUGACUUGUCAUAUAUUUUUUUUAGUAUAAUGGAGAACAGUUUAGUGAAUAAUUUUCUACCAAUAAAAAUGAAUUGAUUGAA